CAGGACAUUCGGAAGAUGCUCAACCCAGACUCCCGAUCUCUCAUGGGAUUGAGCGAGGAGGAGCUGCUCAUCCGGGCCAGGGAGGAGCGUGCAGCCAUCGUAGGCCGGUACGAUCUCGGCCGCGAAGAAGGGGCUAUCAUAGAUCCAUGGGAAGACCCAGAAUUCGAGGUCUAUCACACCACAGACAGAUAUGGCUUUAUACAUAGUGACAACAGGCUGCCUCAUUCUCGAUCCAAGGAGGAGGAGAAGAGACUGGAGAUCGAAAUGUCCAGGAUACCCAAGUGGACGAAGAUGAUAAAGUCGUGGGAGAAAUACUGGGACAAGGAGAAGUUUUUCAAGCGUGUUUACAAGGGGAUUCCUGACCGGUUUCGGGGCACUGUGUGGGCCAAGCUGCUCUACCUGGAACAGAUCAAGGAGGAGCAGAAAGGGAAGUAUGAGGAAAUGAGAAGACUCGGCCGCAAGUGGUCCACGGAUGUACGACAGAUUGACUUAGAUGUAAACAGAACCUACAGAGACCAUUCCAUGUUUCGUAAAAGAUAUGAUGAGAAGCAACGGCAACUCUUUCAUAUUCUUGUUGCAUACUCAAUGUACAACCAAGAAGUGGGUUACUGCCAAGGUAUGUCCCAGAUUGCUGCGUUGCUACUCAUGUACCUGAAUGAAGAGGAUGCGUUUUGGGCCCUCUCGGCCCUCAUGUCCUCCCCCAAGUAUGCCAUGCAUGGUUUCUUCAUUCCUGGGUUCCCAAAGCUUUUGCGGUACCAACAGCACCAUGACAAAAUCCUGGAAAAGUUCUUGCCAAAGCUUAAGAAGCACUUGGAGAGAAACUGCAUUGAUUCUGGCUUGUAUACCCUCAAAUGGUUCUUUCAGUGCUUUCUAGACAGGGUGCCAUUUACCUUAACACUGAGGCUGUGGGACAUCUUCCUGUUGGAGGGUGAACGUCUCUUGGUGGCCUUCGCUUACUGUAUCCUCAAAUUGCAUCGUCGUCAGAUCACACGCCUUGACAUGGAUCAAAUUUUAGAUUAUCUUCAGAAAAAAUUAGAGAAGAAUUUUGGUUAUGAAGACGACUAUGUGAUAGAAAGUUUAGAGAAGGCCAUGGAGGAGCUGAAGAAGGCAAAGCUUGACCAUCCUGGCGCACCACCUGACAACGAGCUGCCGCAGCAACCAUUUGGCAUGUUCAUAGAGCCCUCAGUUGAGAAGGAGUCAGGGAUCCGGCGAGGCUUCACAGAAGAGGAGCGGCUCAUCACGGAGAAACUGAUGAAGCGGACAGAGACCAUCGGCAUCAAUGGCUCGCACCUCUCUGUUGACCGCGGGUCGCGGUAUUCACUGGAGUGCAGCAUUGAUGAAGUGAGCAGCCUGGGUGGGGUCGGAGGGUCCCGGGCCUCCCUUGCCAACACAUCUCUUACCUCAGCGGCGGACCUCUCCACCCUCUCCUCGGUCACCCUAGCCAGGCGUGGUGACAUGGACGCAGCUUCCAUUCAGUCCGGCCGCUCCCUCAUCUCUCCAGACACCCGGUCUGUGCAGUCAGUGCGCUCCCCAAGGUCUCCCACAGAGAAGUUCAGACACUCCAACAACCAUUCGCCAUCCCAGUCGCUGCCUACGCAGACCAAUGGCGAUGUUCAUAGUGAUGCAAGGUCUAUUCAGAGUGAAGGUGAAGUCGUGCAUAAUGGCUUGGCGGGUAGCCCCCCGCACAGCCCAUCUACCCCAAGGCCGUCCUGUUUGUCUGUGAGUCAGACGACCUUGCAAGACGGUGAGGCCCUGCAAUCUGAGCCCGCUACGCCUAAGGCCACGGAGACACCUGACACAGUACGUAUCUUCGUGCCAUACUCAGGGAACACAGAAUCAACAGCAUCAAAAUCUCAAGCCCCCAGAACUCCGCCUGCAGGAGAACACCCUAAGUACAUUACUUCGAGCCCCGACGAUCCCAACAGGAUCACCAUUCGCGUCGACAGGGACGAAGCUCUCUCCUCCCCGAGAGGGCUGUCUUCGGGACCAAAUACCUCCUCGCGAAAUUCUGCCGACUCCCAAGAUCUUCCCUCCCAAAGCUUCACGUCAUCGGUUCUGGACGAUUCAUCAGAUCUCUCCACCACACUUCAGGAGACGAGCUUCACGCAGGACAUCUCUCCUCGGAUGAGACCUUCCUCAGCCCCCAUAUCUCCUUCACUGCCGAAGCUGCAGACAGCUCGAUCCCGCCCCAUCACGCUAGAUAGUCCAGAAUACAGUGAAGGUCUCUUAUAAGUACAAGUUCAGCAUCCUGGGCUUCUGACUCCGAGCUUGGUUGGUUAUAUAUGUAUAUAGCUAUUGGUACACUGGACUUGUAGAGAAGAUUAUAAAUUUGAGUUUAUUUAGAAUACUGAAUUGAAUUUUAUUGUAAGAAAAGUCAGCAAUAUGAAUACAGAUAUUACUGUUGUCUGCUGUUUGAAAGUUCUCAGAUCUGUGUAAAUUGACACUUUUGCCAGAGUAGAGAGAAGUCCAAGUCAUGUUAAAACAUUGUUGGUUGAAGUGUGAGUGAUCAAGUAUGUGUGCAUGUGCGGGUGACUGUAAGAGCUGCGGGCUCAUUAUUAGUAAGUGUACUUAAUAGAAUUGGUGUUUCUAGAUGAUCUGUCACUCCUGUUAUUAGAGAGCCAAUUCUAGGAUAUUUUUGUAUGACUCCUGUUCUAGUCUUCCUUAUUUUUCCCCUUUCCUCUUGGUGAUUGGCCAGUAGGUCCUGGAGGGCAAGCAGAGUUGCAGCAACCUGCAGGGCCCCCACGACUGUUAAUACUAACAUGGUGGUGUGACUGGCUUAUUCAUUGUACAGUUAUGCCAUCAACCCAGUUUCAUCAACUUUGCCAACCAAGGUCAAGGUCAAACGAAUGGCCUUAUUUUUGUAGGUUCCAGUGUUUGCUAGCUGUGUGAGGUCUAGGAUGUAAAUCACUAGUUUUAUUUUCCUUCUUUUUUUUCCUCUUUUUUAUUUGUUGACAGAUAUCAUUUUUUAUUGUGGACAUUGUUGGUUUUUAAGUUUCUCUUCAUGCAACAUUCCAGAUGUGUUGUUAGAAUUGUAUAUGCUGUGUUAAAACAGCUAGCAUUUCCAUGAUUCUAUACUGUAUGCUUUUUAUGGGUCCAGUCAACAGAUUUACUACCAUCGUGGUAUAGUAACAUUUUGUUUUAAUGUCCCAGUUUAAUUCUCCUUCGAGUAUCAUUUAGGGGAACUGCGCCUUCAUCAAGCAUAUAUUUGGAGACUGGAUGCGGAAAUAGAAAUACUCAAAUAUUCAAUGUGCCUCUGUGCAAUAAUUCCAAAAUUCAAGGGACCGAAUUCAGGAGCCCAUUUGGUAAAGGCCUCAACGUAGAUAGCAUUGGCGGCGAAAAAGAAAACAAGAAAAAAAUGCUCAUUAUCCCAUUAUAUUUGCAUCUUUUAGUAUUUAUUUGUAGAUGUUUCUUCAGGCAUAAAUCUUGCUGUGUGAUAAGCGUGUGAGUGCUUCGUGUAUAUAUAUAAAUAUAUAUAUCAAGAAUAAGUCUGAGGGGAAGCAGGGCAGGAGAUGGACCAUGCACCAAAGGCCUUUUUCAGUGUCGAGCGCAAGGGUGCCUGUGACAAGUGGUCAUUAAAUGCUUUUAUUUUGUUAUUAUCAUCAAUUUUUUUUCAAGAUUUAGGUUUUAAAUGUUUUUGCUCUCUUUUUUUAAAGAAUUCUUCCUUCCCACUUUUUUUUCUUUUUUACAUUUGGAUAAUUUAUUUUUAUUGACCUUUUUCUCUUGUCUUUUGUUGUUGUUUCUGAAAGCCUACUUAAGCAAUCCUGAUGAUUAGUGAGACUUUUGUCGUGCUUUUGUAUCCUAGAGAAUAGAUUAAUGUUGUCUACAUUGCCUAACUGAAGAAACAAAAAAAACAUAUCCAUGUUUCUUUUUAACACAAUAACCCUCUCUUUUUAUUUUUUUGACAAAACUUUGAAGCAGUAUUAUGUACUCAAGUACAUUGUUCUCAUAAUAUGCAAGAAAAGUAAUUUAAGUGGCACAUCAUAAGGUAAAUCUGUAGAAUGUUUUUGUAAUUUCAUAUUGGACUGUAUUUUUUUACCAUUCCCAGUCAAAGAGUGAAACAAGAUUAAUGACAUGUACAGUAUAUGUAUGUACAUGUAUCACCUGCAUUUUGCUGGUGUGGAUGAUAGAUGUGCAUGGUUGAGGUCCAAAGUCAUUGUGACAAUAUACGUGCAUCUAAUCAGUGAAAUAACAUCACUGUUUUCUGGCUCCAUAAUGGUGUAGCUAUUUGCCCUUGUUUUCCCCUUUUUAGAGCUCAGAAGGCUUGUAUAUCCAUUUUUUUGUAUUUAUUUUUUAUUUAUUUGAUUUGAUUGAUUGAUUGAUUUUUUUCCUUUAAAAGCCAGGAAACACUGAGAAGUUUUCAUCUCUUUUCUGAUUAGUAGUUGGAAAAUAGGGUCCAGUAACUCAGCACCUUGGAUAAAUUAACUAAAACCUGUACGUAGAGACGUAUAUAUAUCCAUUGAGAGAGUAAGUGAUGGAGAAGGGUGGGAAUUGCACUCGCCCAGUGAUUUCCGUAGAAUAUGCACAAUCGAUUGAGCCUGAAUAUCAAAUGCUGUUUUUAAUUUUCCAUAUUGUGGAGUAGAGACACAGAAUCAUCACUUAUUAUCUCUUGUGAAGUUAGGCCUCAUGGAAACUUGCUGUUAGUGAUAAAAACAUCAGGUUGACGCAGGCUAGGUCAGUGAUGAUAGCCAGUGAUAGUUGGAUUCCCUGCACGUACGUCAUUAUGUAACACCUUCACUUGUAGUUCACAAUAUGGAUGAUAAAUGAAUGUAAACUAGACUAAAUGUUUGGAUAUUUGGAUAGCAAUAUUGUUGCAGGCACUCAUGUGAUAAUUUUCUGUUGGUAAAGAAACGUUUGGGUAAGUUUCGUCUACAGUGCAGUCUUGUAACAUAACAUGCAUAUGUAACUUUAGGUAAAAAGUUGUUCUUAAGUGUUAAGAGACAGCAAAUGUCAGUUAUGUGGUAUCACAUCACAACAACAGAGGCAGCUGAAAAUUUAAUUGCUACCAUCAGGUUUAAUGUCGUCACAAAGCAUAAUAUUGGGUUGUAAAGGAGGUUGAGUUCUCUUGCAGUCUUUUGAUUGCUCAUUCAUUCAUUUUGCCAAUUAGUUCUCAUCUUUCCUUUUUCUCCAAAUAUGCAUUGAUAAAGAAAAUGAGACAAGGAAGGAUUUAUCUUUUUAUUUUAUAUUCUUUCCAUCCUAUAUAAUGUUUGUGGCUUUACAAAAGCACAUUUUGUAUUUUGCCUUUAAUUAGAAUAUUCCUCUGUUUCUGUUUCAUCAUUUUGUCUUUUUUCUUUCAUUGCCUUUGAAGAAUGAAUAAUAUAUUUUGUCACAAAUUAGUUUCUACUUAACUAUAAAUAAAUUCCAUUCACAUAUAUACUAUAUUUGUUUUGUAAAUUUGAAAAAAAUGGCAAAAAAAAAAAAAAUGUAAGUACUCACUCACUGUAGCUAAGAGCUGUUGUACAAAAUACUGUUGAAAGAUUUGAUCUGCUUCUCUUACGUCACUCCAUUUGUGAUGCGCAAAAUCUAAUCUACCAAUAUACUGUGUUGCCUAAAAGCAGUAUGACAAGCUCUCUUUCUCAAACAAGAAACAACUAGUGAUGAUUUAGUUUUGCUGGCCCAGUUUUCAUUGUUGACAUUCCUGUUCAUUCCUUUUUGCAAACAAAAGGUUACCAGUGUACUGUGUAUUGAUAGAUUUCUCUUUUUUUUAUAUGGUUAUUAUUAUUAUCAUUAUUGUUACCAUUAUCAUCGUCAUCAUGGUCCUCAUUAAUUUGAUAUUAUAUUAUCCUUAUUAUGAUUAUGAUUAUUAUUAUGGAUGUCAUUAUUAUUGUCUUGAAAAUGAUCUAUGGACAUGAAGGUUUUUAUAUUUAAUUCCUCAUGGACACUCGAACUUGUGAAUAGCAAGUCAUACAGGUAAUCUUAAAAGGAAAAAAAAUACAUGCUGUGAAAAGGAGACUCUUUCAGUGGUUGUAUUAGAGUUGAUGUAGAUUUUAUUUAGAUCUGAAAAUAUUAACAUAAAAUAGGAAAUAAAAAUAAGACUGCAAAGAGUUGUGUAGGAAAAAAAAAAAAAAAUCAAUAUUAAAUUUUUUUCUUUGUACAUUAUAUUGUAUCAGAUUUCAUAUUGUAACUGAUUACUGAAAAUUAAUAUGAUUUUAUUGAUAUGCUCCCAGUAUUUAAUAAAUAUUCCAAAAGAUUAUAUUGGGAAUCCAAUGUGUUAUAAGCACUUUGUAAGUUGUACAAGGAGAUUUCAGGAGAAUGUCUAUCAAUAUAAUGGUUAAAUAAAUUUUUAAAUUCUAAGGAAAUA